AUGGAUUCAGAUCCCAAGAUCCGAAUCAAAGGCGUUCAAGCUCUAGGGCAGUGGAUGAAUCAACUUCCUGAUUAUUUCUUUGGUGGUCAUUAUAUACAAUAUCUGAGUUGGGUCUUGACUGAUACUUCUGAAACCUAUCUUGACAUAGAAUAA